UAUGUCCAGAAGAAGUCGCGAUGCAAAUCUUGCCGAGAAAGCAAAAUCUCUCCUACUUGGUAGAUUAGCCGGUCAAAUCGAUCAUUCACCCCAUUUCCUCUGUCCCGAGGGCUUCAAACAUGAAAAAAAUGAAAGCAAAGUAAAAAGUGCCGUUCCAGCUUGUAAAAGAAUAUAUGACUCAAUACAAAAAGUAUUUUCAAACGAAAGCAGUUCUCUUAUUCUAACUGGAAUAAGAGGAAUAGGAAAAUCCUAUUUAAUAGAUAAGGUUCUUAAGAGGCUGAAAGACGAAAGGAGACAAUUUCGAUUAGUUCGACUGAAUGGUUGCAUACAAUCAGAUGAAGUAGUCGCCAAAGUUGAAAUAGACCGUCAACUCAACGAAUACACCAAUUCGCAUCCUUUGAUAAUAAUUCUUGAUGAAUUUGAAAAUUUUGCCACCGACAAACAGCACUUGUUAUACAAUUUAUUCGAUUCUUCAACUUCUUUUAAUAUGUACGGUUCUGCCGUUUUUACUAUAGGAAUAACAACUCGUAUGAAUGUUAUUGAAUUAUUAGAAAAACGAGUAAGAUCAAGAUUUUCUCAUGAACAAGUACAUCUUGAAAGAGAUAUUGAUAAUAAAGGAUUUUUGAAUAAAUGGAAUGAUGCCGUAAAGAAGUCAUUUACAUACGGUUUUGUUAGGGAAUAUCUACAAGAUUUAUACUAUCAACAAGUUGAUAUCAGAGAAAUAGUUACCUUUUCAGACUGUUGCCUUCGUUUAAUGGGUUAUAGAGAAUUCUUUGACGAGGAUCUUCUAAGAGAAGUUUGUUCAAUUUACACGUUAAAUUCUCAAAAUUGUUUAUUACAAGAUCUAACUACACUUGAAUUAUCCAUUCUUAUUGCAGCUGAUCGUAUUUAUAGCUUAUUUGUUGGUGAACCAUUCACAUUUGAAAUGGUUUUUAACGAAUAUAAGAAAUUCUUUUCAAAACAUUCUUCUUUGGAAAUGUUUGCCAAGUCUGUUGUAUUAAAGUCUUACGAAAAACUGUUUGAUCUGGAAAUAUUAACGAUUGCCGAUGGAUCGACUGUAAACAAUGUUCCAAAAGAAUAUCAUCCAAUGAAGCUCACCGUCCCUCACGAAGAUAUUGAACGAGUUGUUGCCGAUUUAAUUGAUUGUCCAACGGAGGUUAAGCAAUGGGUCAACUCUUUACCUACUCAAUAA